GGGCGGGGCGGGCGGCCGAGCGGCGGUGUGGCGGAGCUGAGCGGCCCGGCGCGGCCCGGCCUGCCCCCCGCGGGCAGCGCGGCCCCCCGGCGGCCCCACCGCCAGCGGCGCUCCGGGGGGACCCGGACGCCUCAGCGGGGAGCGCUCAGCUGAAACAAGUGUGGUUCCUAUGAAGAAAAAUCAUCAGUGAUGAUGCUACAGGAGGUCUCACAUGAGGGUCCUUGAUACGAAGGGCAACUUUCUACUUAUGUAGCUGAUGGGUGAGGACAACAGGUUGGUGAAAGGAGCUACCAAGAGCUGGCAGGAUGAGUUACAGCUCACCCUCUAUACAUGAUGUGUAUCACAGCAGCACCACCACAGCCAAGCCAGGCACAGGCACAACUCUGGAUGUGACUGUACCAGAAACAGCUACCAUAAGCCCUGAGACUACCAGUUUCAACAGCACCAAAAUCCCAGACGUGGCUAGCACCGGACCCGGCAUGAGCACAAUGCUGCUGUCCUUUGGGAUCAUUACCGUGAUUGGGUUGGCUGUAGCUAUGGUUCUGUAUAUCAGGAAGAGGAAGAGGUUGGAGAAGUUACGGCACCAGCUCAUGCCCAUGUACAACUUUGAUCCCACUGAGGAACAGGAUGAACUGGAGCAGGAGCUGCUGGAACACGGGCGAGAUGCAGCAUCUUCCCAGGCAUCGCAGAACAAGCCUUUCUGAAAGACAGAGCCAGCAGGGAUGGUUGGAAAAGGUAUGUCUCUUAGCCAGUGAUGCAGCCUCCCCUUAGAGUAAGCAUCUCUCCUUUCCUGAAUUCCUCUCCAGCUGCUCUGUGUUGCCUGUGUCUUCCCUUGCUUUUCCAGUUCCAGGAGCAAUUCUCAGUUUCCACACACUUCACACCUUCAGCUAUCGGUAGCAAGCUUGGUGUGGGAGAAAGGAAAAGAGGAAAUAAUAAAUACAACUGUAAUUAUAAAAUAUUUACCUUGAGAUAUGCUUCCCAAGCUGCUAAAGAGCUCAAAGGAGAUGUGUGUCUUGAAAUAUGAAAGAUAGUCAACAUAUUCCAUACAGUGGUUUGGUACAGCAAGGAAUACUGUUGUAUAAAAGCAAAGGAUCUUGUCCUCAAAGUAGCGCAUACUGGGAAAACAUCAGGUCCUUCUGUUAGUGCACACAGAGGACUCCCUUCAGGUAGUAAAAGGGGGAAAUGACAAGGCCAGAGUUAAACUUAGCACAGUAAAAGCAGAUCCUAUGUAGGGACUGGCCAGCAGGAUACCUCAGAUCCCUCCAGAGCUUGCUAAUGCACAGAUAUCUCUGCUUGGAAAGUACACAAGCUUAAAAGCUUAACAUAGUAAGAGUGGGAGAGUCUAUAAACAACAGCUAAAGUUCAGUCUGUGGCACGUUUCCAGGCCUUCUUGAUGAAAAGUCUUUUCGUGCUGCCUUGUAUAUAUAAAUAGUGAGACCCAGUAGUCCAACGAUGUUGGAAUUUUAAACCGGCAUGGAUGGGCUGACGUACUCUCUGGCCUGUUGGUAUUUUUCUGACACAGCCUUGUUAAUGCCACAUUGGUCAGCCAGCCUCCCCUUCCAUCAGGGGCAGAGUCUAGUUACAGUACUGUGCAGUCUGUGCCAAGCACACACACCUGAGCAAAGGCAGACUUGCUGGGUCUCAUCUUUCACUGCUUCAAUGCAGAUUCUGCUGACAAGUCAAGGAGCCCUCCAGAGACCCAGCCGUCUUGUGUUCACAGACGUUGCCAAUGCCAUCAAUGCAUGAACAAUACCUGCCCCUGCUCUGGGAUCAUGCUGAGACUGGGGAGGAUGAAGCCAACAAACCAGUGACUUCCCGCAAGCACGGCCGAUCCACUGAGCCCAGCUGGUCACUCCAUUGGUUUGUGUUACAAAAGGGCACAAGCACUGGGAACUGUCACCACUUUGGGAAGCAAACCCUUUGUGAUGGCAGUGGUGAUUUUUUGGCGCGUCUGUUACCACUAAAAGGUCCUGAGCUCCAGUUUCUGGGCUGGCGCUGACUGCUAUCAUUUACAGAGCUGCGUGCUUAGGAACAGUGCCUGCUUUGUUGUAGAUUAACUUGUCAGAGCACAUGUGCAUGCUCUCUGGGUCAGGGAAGGAGAGGUGCGUGUUUCAGAGAGCUUCCCCACUGGCUUUGUGCCACCAGUCCCCCAAAAAAGGGAUGAAUGAGCCUCUCUGCACAGUGACCGCAUCUUUGGCUGGUCCUGGAGGUGUGACUGGUGGCAAAGCCCCUUUGAGUAAGGAGAGCAGACUCCCCUAGCUGAGUGGUAAUCUGGGACGUGGCAGGGAAAAAACACCAUGGGUUUAUCCCCCUUGUGGCACAUAGGCUGCUGAGAAAUGUGUGUCUGGGAUGACGUUGAACCAUGGGGAGUUCACCAGCUUUAAAAAGUGAAAUGGUGAACAUCUGGCUGAUUACAUCUUAACUGAGGAAGUGGCUGAAUAUCCCAAAUGAGGGCUGCUGUAUACACAGCAGGGAAUUCACACAGCUAGAGACAGGAGGUGUCAAUGUUUGGCGAUGUGACUCCCUGCUGCUGCGCUAGGAAUAACGGUGCUUGAGCCACAGAGAGGAGUCAAGUAGAACUGGGCUUCUGACACUAUGUAUCCCUCCUCCUGUUCUGGCUCAGGGAAGUUUCUACAGUGCAGAAUAUUAUCCAGAAAAAAAGAUUAACCCUUGAAAUAUUUUCUUUUAAAUAAGGAAAAACAUGUAUUGGCUCAGGAUCAUUACAACAGCCCCAUGUCUGCCCACAGAGGUGACUGAACAGCUGGUUCGUACUUCCUUUCCUGCCAGGACCUGCAGUCAGAGCUUCCUCUUCUUCCUGCUGAAGGAACCCCCAGCUCUGUGUUAGCUUCUGCUCGUGUUACCUGCUAAUGCAGGGAGGGCAGAACUAGACAAGUAAGCCAGGAGUUGCCCUGUAACCCUGAAGCAUCUCUGCCUGUGCGUUCUUCAGGGCUGCAGGAGGGAGAGAGAGCAAAGGGGUCUCUGGCCACCUUGGCUGUGCGGCAUGGGGGCUGCCCCCGGCAGAGCCUUUCAGUGGCCACCAGCCCCGAGUGCUGCAGGCCAGCACAGUGGCCAGGGGCCAGCAGCAGAGCCUGCAUGCAAGCAUCAGUGCCCAGCCGUGCAUUGAUCACCUGAUAUUUUUUUGCAGUAUAUGCAUUUGUCAGUUGGAUCAUAUUCCAUCCACAGCACCGGUCAAAACGGAAUCAAGGCAAGCCAAAAUUUGAACGCAUAUCUAAAGGUAGGCUUUAUGCAAGGAGACCAUUGCACUGAGUAGCAAUUCAGGUAUCAUGGGCUUUGUGGCAAGUUUGGGCCUGGCGUUUUUUGUUCUUCCAAAUCUUUUUAUUUUUCUUCUUUUUUCUCCACUGUGAUCUUCCUCCCUCCCCACCCCCCACCCCCCUUCAUUAAAUGUAGACUCUUUCCUGGGCAUGUGUCACUGAUCACACAGUUUCUUACCAGCCCUUCUUCACUGACACAGCUUCCCUCCUGGCACUUUUGCAAGGCUAAGUUGCUUUAAUUUUACAGUAUCCCUCUUUCUUUUAAAAACCAGGGAGUUCUGGGAGUGUAUUAGGACCAGGAGUGUCAUCAUCUGUGGAAAACAGCCCAUCCUCCAUACCCAGGGGAUCUGGCAGGAGUUACUCCCAGGCUGUUGGUUGCUGCUGGUGUUUGCACUCCAGGGGUACAGUUGGAAGGAAGGUGCAUGGGUACAAAUACACAAUAAGGUCCUUAGGAUUUGGACGCUAUCUGUGGGUCUUCCCAGAGGGUAUGUCUCUGUGACCAGCUGAGAGGCAGACACAUCACCCACCCCACCCCCCACAUGCAUACUUAAGCAUCUCCUCCAAAUGCUCACUGAGGGCAGCCAGCUACAAAGACAUCAGAUUUCUCCCUUCAGCAGCUGCCACGCCACUGCCUAUCACACUCCCACGCUCUGCAGCCAGACAGGGAUGCAAGCGGCAGCAGGCGUGUGUGGCUGUCCUAAAUCACAGCAUUUCCCCUGGAACUCUUAGGAUUGUAACUUCAUUUGUUGUUUUAAACUAGAUAAAAGGCAAGUGUAAGCUGAGCUGAUUCCUCAGACCAACAACCUACUUUGUGCUCAUUACCCACCUCCACGUGCUGUGCAUGCAGCUGCCAAGCAGUGCAGCUGCCAGCUCAGGUGCAAAAACAUGCACCUUGUUCCACUUUGAUGCAGAGCUAUAUCUUGUAUAACAAACUCAGUUACAGAGGAAUUCUCUUUAACCAUUCCUCCUGUAACAGUAGGCUUUGUCCUGUGAUGACUGCCCUUAUAUUAAAGAAGUACAGAUAAAAUACUAAAAGAAUAUUACGGGUAUUUGCUGGGCUUGCACUGGAGUAUUCUUUUAGUUCAAUAGCACCUCCUCUCACAGGUCUUGGAAGUAUAUGUACAGUUUAGCAGAAGCAUUAUAAUGUAAUUUAAUUCAAGUGUUUCUGUGUUUUAAGCAUUGAAAUAUAAUUAAACUAUUUACAUGAAAUCUA